GAUCUCACACAUGCUCUUGUAUACCACUGGGUGGAGAUGCGGACCAAGAUGCGCAUCAUGGGCUUCCGGGGCACAGUCAUCAAACCGCUGAAUGAGGAGGCAGCUGCCGAGCUGGGCGCUGAGCUGCUGGGCGAGGCCACCAUCUUCAUCGUGGGGGGCGGCUGCCUGGUGCUGGAGUACUGGCGCCACCAGGCCCAACAGCGCCGCAAGGAGGAGGAGCAGCGCGCCGCCUGGGACGCAAUGCAGGACGAGGUGGGCCACCUGGUGCUGGCGCUCGAGGCCCUGCAGGCUCAGGUGCAGGCGGUGCCCCCGCUGAGCGCCCUGGAGGAGCUUCAGGCACAGAUGCAGGAGGUGCGCGCCCAGCUCCGCACCGAGGAGGCCGGUCCACGCCCCGAGCAGUGUCCCCGUCCAAAGAAUAGGAGCCUGCGGAAGCCUGAACUUGGACAUGACUGAUGUGGCCUUCUCCCUGAACUGCCCUUGCCUGUGCUGAUCCAGAGGAAACCACCUGGAUCUUGAUGGAACUUGGAUCCGGUUGCCCCUUACUGACCAGUGGUACCUGCCUUCCGCUGGGACCAGCCUCCAGUAGGUGAGGCGUUCAGCAUAGCCCCCUCCAGCCUUCAGCUCACUGGUGCAGCCCACAGGGCUCAUCUCCUCCCUCGGCAAACCACAAGGUCCCAGCCUGCAAGACGUGCUCACUCUUCUGGCAGAAGAAAAAUGUGGGACCUGGACUACAGCGUAAUCGACCUGACACCCCUUUCUUUACCUGACCAGUGUUACCUUCCCCCAGACGCUCAUCCUUCACCCAGGAACUCGCGCUUCCCCCGGUCAGUGGGUGCAGACCAUCAUGAGGAGCUCCCGUGCCUCUCAGCGAACUCCGUCCCCCUCAGCUUCUAAGGUGGGCUCUUACUGGGACAUCACUGCUCUCCGGAGGGGGAUAAAAGGUGUGCUGGCUUGGUCACGGAAUGUUCAGUCUCCCCUCUCAGCCUGAUCUGUGAUGUCUUACCCUGAGACGCCAAGUGGAAUAUUCUAGCAGAACCCUCCUCACCCUUCAGUCUGUGGCACAACCCACUGGAAUGGUGGGGCAGUGCCCUCCCAACCCACCUUUGUGGUGGAAAAUUUGACCCUGUCUACAGCUGGUCCAGCCUGUCUUUUAGCCUUGGCCUCCCACUUACCUGCCCUCAGAGUCCUUGGGCCUUUCCUGACCUGUGUGCUUACCCACCUUCCCGACUGUCUUCUCCAGUGGCCUCUCUCAGGAGACUGUCAGCCAUGGAUUACAUGGUCACAGCCCCAGUUUCCAUCCACAUCUGUGGAUCUGUGUGCUGUUGCCCUCCUAUCCUGGGGCUCUGGGCUGGUCAGCAGUCCCUUCAUACAGUGGUUUCCUCCUGCCCCCUGAGCCCCAAACCUACUCACUCCCAGAAGACUAGGCUGUCAGUUCAUCUUACCCUCUUCAUCAGUUUCCUGGGGCUGUCGUAACAAAUGACCACAGACUUGGUGACCUAAAGCAACAGGAACUACUAUCUCACAGUUCUGGGGCCAGAGAUCUAAAAUCAAGGUGUUGGCAUGCCGUGCUCCCGCUGGAGCUCCAGUGGGGGGGAAACCUUCUGGGCCUCCUCCAGCUCCUGGUGGCUUCAGGCACUCCUUGGCUUGCAUAUCUCCAGCCUCUGCCUCUGUCUUUAUGUGGCCUUCUCUUCUGUCUCUUGUAAGACACCUGUCAUUGCAUUUAGGGCCCACCCUAAAUCUAGGAUGGUUUCAUUUCAAGAUCCUUAAUUACACCUAUAAAGAUGCUUUAUCCAAGUAAGUGCACAUUCACAGGUUCCAAAGAGUUACGAUGUGGACAUAUCUUUUGGGGAACUGCCACUUAACCCACUACACCUCCUACCCCAAGAGUAUGCUGGGACUUCUGCCAGCCACCGGGACACUCGGCCUUCCCCGUGAGGGUGAGAGGAACAGUCCAGCAACCACCUUCACUGUAGUUUCUCUUCCAGGAAUCGUUAGUGAUGCAGGAGGGCUGUGGGUCCCACCAUUCUGCGUUCUUAUAUUUCAGGCUGUAGAUGUUUCCUAAUUUUAUAAGAGCCCCAGGUGAGAAAGACAUCUUAAGGAUGUAUCUGAGAACCAUGACGUGGAUCUCCAAAGUGGGUACAAAUCCCAUUAAAAUUAGGAGAGAAGCUGAGAGGGUUCUGAGUGGGCGGAGUCAGCCUAUGAACUCUCUCCCAGAUGGGGCAUUGAGGCCCAGGGGAAGCAAGGGGACUUGCCCGAGGCUAAGGAGCCAAAGGGGGACUGGCCAUCCAAGGUGGUGAAGUGGUAUAAGCAGAGUGGGAGCACAGGGAGGGGGUGGAGAAGGGGUGCAGGGUGCCCGAGGGCACCAGAGCAGGGCGAGGAGGAGCAGGAGGGUGGGAGCUGAUCACGGGGCGGGGCAGGAAUAUGCAGAGACCCAAGGCAGCCCAGAGGUAGUGUGGAGAGGAGGGGGCCCUCAGUCCCCAUCAGAGCAGCCCCACAUCUCAGCAUUUAGUACAUGGUUAGAUCCAUUCCACCUGGGCCCGUUUCUAAGCAGCUACAGGCAAAGAUGCGGAGGGGGGGUGGCGGGCGUUCUCUCACUUCCGUUCUGCUUCACUUCCCUUCCCUAAGGGGUAAACAGGAUCUGGACACAAGACCCACCCAGACAGAAAACCAAGAAACAGGUUCUAAACAUCAACUGAAUUCCUUCUGGAAAAAGGGGAGAAGCUGAUACAGACGGAGCUGAGGUGGAUGCUGUGCGGGGCUGCCCUUAAAAUUGGAAGUGACCUGAGUGGAUAAGUGAUGGGGGGAAGAAGGCUAGGGAGACAGCACUGCACGAAGGGGUAACAGAUGGGGCCCGGUGAGCAGGCACAGUGCCUCGUUUCCACAGUUACUCCUGGGGUCCACUCUGGCCCCGACGCCUCUCUGGAGCAGCAGUUGCUGGAGGCCAGGGAUUCUAACUGCCUCCCCUCUCCCUGCUCAUCAUGUCAAUAAAUAGCUGCUAUAAUGUUAAUUUCUUCAUUUCAUUUAUGAGGAAACAGGCACAGAGAGGGAAUGUCACCUGCUCAAGGUCACACAGGGAAGAAGCAGAGGAGGGACGUAAAGAUGGGCAGUCUGGGCCAGAGCCUAAACGCCUAACCCCUGCGCCAUCCUGACCCUAACGUGGCAUGGCCCUCCCAUCUCCCAGACUCAGAACAGCCCUGACAUGUCCUCAUAUGUGCCAGACCUGAGACUGCAUCAGUUUCACCCGCCGGGCGAGGGCACAGGGUGGGGUCAGCGUGUGGAAGUGGGGGGAAUCCCCUCACCACGCACAAGGCCAGGAGGACAGUUCAUCGCCGUGGUGUCCCACCAGCUAAAAUGUUGUAUACAUUUGCAACUUGGGGAGAGGGGUUAGAAUAAAUUUGUAAAUGAGGUUGUCUUCAAGGUGAUGCUUUUUUUUCAUAUUAAAAAAAUCCCUGUUAACCUUAAGAAAAUGUCCUUUGUUUAUUCUUUCAUUCAAUAAACAUUCAUUUUUAUGU